AUGGAACUCCAAUAUAGUGAAUUCAUCAAGAAACACUGCUGGAACGAAUCCAUCAACUCACGCAUCACCAACCUGACCUCCUCCUACAUCGACAAGGGCAAUGAGGCCUCCAUGGUGUCCUCCUCCCUCAUCAUUUUCGUCGUCGCCGGGCUCUUCUUCAACCUCAACCUCUUUCGCGGCCUCUCUGAUGUCAGCGCCAUCCUUGACCCCAAGGUCCGCCUCGUCCUCACCUCCGCAGUGUCGCUGUUCCUCCCGGUCAUGUCCUACCUUUUCUCUGAGGCCAAGAACGCCGGCGCCGCCGUGGGGUUUGACUCGAGCUUCACCGGCGUGAAGGAGAAGGACUUCUCGCUCCGGGCCGGGCUUAUCCUUGUAUGGAUGCUCCUCGUGGAGCUGCUCCGCAAGAAGGUGGACGACAGCAGCUGGCGGGGCUACUCAGGGACCAUCCAGCGCGCCGGACGCGUGGUGUGGCUAGGCAGCCUCGUCUUCUUCAACAUUCAGAGCGUCGGCCGGAAGGUGGUGUUUGCCGUCCUCUGGAUCCUUUGUGCCACCAAGGUGGUGCAGAGGGUCGCCUUCGCCGAGGUCGGGAAGCGCUCCUACCUCCACGGAAGGAACGCCUGGCUUAUCACCUCAUACAUGGCGCAGACGCUGAAAGCUGAUCGUCGGCGAGAGCCCGGCGCAACCGCCACCGCCAUCGAUGUGGAUGUGGAAGGUGACGUCCCGUCCCCGUCCGGCGAAGAGCUGCUCAAGAGGUGCAAAUACAUUGUGACCGGAGAAGACAAGAUAGUGAAGGAAGCCACUGCAGAUGGCUACGACUUGGACUUGGACUCGGAUUAUUCCAGUGUCGCCACUGUCGGUAAAAUUUGGAUGCUGGGCGAUGACUACUACUACGAGGGUGGCCGGCUCUUGGUCGACUUGGACGGCGAUCAACGCCUCAGGAGGCUCUGCCUCUCCUUUGCUCUCUUCAAGCUGCUCCGGCGAAGGUUCGAGCAGCUCGGGGAGAUAACCAUGGAGGAAUCCCGCGACUGCAAGAACCUCAUCUUGAGAGGCCUAUGCAGGUGCAAGAACGGCGAGGGCUCCGAAGAGGCACUGUUCCAAGUGAUGAACGACGAGCUCAACUUGCUGUGUGAGUACUACCACUCUGUCGUCCCCGUUGUCCUAGCCAGCCCCUUCUUCUUCCUCACAAACUACUUGCUCCUACCCGUCCUCGUAUUCGUGCUGUGCCUCAUGACCGCCAUGCUAUGUGGCAAUGGCGACUUAGACUACGUGUUCCAUAGCAUCCGAAGAGAUAACUUCGCCCUAAAAUCUGGCCUAACCAGGCUAGCCAUGUGCCUCCUGAGCAGGGCUUACUCGUCUCCCAAUACUUUCCUCUCCUUGGUAGAUCUCUCCAUCACAUGUCUUCUCUUUUUCAUCUUCUUCUACGAGGAAAUUUGGGAGCUCCUCGUCUUCCUCCUCUCCAACUGGUUCAUGAUAUCACUAAUAGGCAACUACACGUCCAAACUAAAAUGGCGUGAGAGCCCAUCCUUUGGUGUGACAUUCCGUUGCCUCGUAUGGUUACAGAGCAAGACGAGACACGACAUUCUUUGCUUCAGGCAGUUCUCUGUGCUGAACCUUCGUUGGCCAGUCAUCUUUGGGGUGCCGACCUGGCUCUCGUGGAUGGUGCAAACUGUUCCUGUGCCGACCACAGUGAAGCAAUCCAUCAAGGAGUACCUCUUGGCUCAUGAACAUUAUGGACAUGGCAUUACCAACGGCAAGUCCGCACUAGAGAAGAACCACCACAUGUACUGUCAUCUCUCGUGGGCGUGCGAGAGCAAGAGCGUCACCGAGGUCAUCCUCACCUGGCACAUUGCCACCAGUCUCUUCGAGGAGAGGUGCCCGCCUCAGAGCAAGGACGGGGAAGCAUCAUGCAAUGUGGCGACCACGCUGUCCAAGUACUGCGCCUACUUGGUGGCCUUCCACCCGGAGCUGCUGCCAGACAACCAGGAGAAGACAGAGCGCGUCUUCAUGGCCGUGAAGGAGGAACUCAAGGACAAGCUCGGUUGUGGGGAGUACUACCUCUCGCGGUGGCGCACCCGUGUGAACAAGAUCAUGGAGACCGGAUUAGGCCAAGGAGGAGGCUGGACGGAGAAGAAAAUGAUGAAGAGUGGCGCAACACUCGCUAAAUCACUAGUGGCAUUGGCUACCAACGACCAGGGAGCUGUGUGGAGGGUGUUGGCCGACGUUUGGACGGAGCUCGUUAUCUAUGUGGCACCGUCGAGGGACGAGGAGAGCAUCAAGGGGCACCAGAAUGUGCUGGUGCAAGGAGGCGAGUUCGUCACCAUGCUUUGGGCAUUGGCCACACAUAUCGGCUUAUCCCGGCAGGCCAGCGAGCCGGUCGGAGUUCAUCCCGCAAGUUGAGGCGUCGUCCUACAACAUUUGGUUGUAUUUAUUUAUUUGUUUUGGUUGCGCUUUCGUGCAGUGUGUUUUAUUUUGGGAGUG